GACAAUGGCCGGGCUCCCUGCGUCCCGGCAGCAGGAAGUGACUCGCAGCCGCUGCGGUGACUCUGGCUCCCAGGCUCCAGGCGAGAUCCCCGAGCCCCGGCGGCUGGUGCUGGGAGCCCGGAGCCCUGGCUGCAGCCGGGAGAGGGGAAUCUCCAGCAGGGCCCUUCCCGCUGCUCCCCAGGAGCCUCUCCCAGGGCAGAGCCCCCAGCCCGGCCCGGCCCCUGCCCCGGGGGGCCCCGCUCGGAGGGAAGGAAGGCUCUUGGUCUGCCUAGGGAUCCAUGAAUGGGAACCGUUCUGGUGGCCUCUAAGUGGACUGGGAUGUAGGAGACCCAGGUUUAAGCAGAGGAGGAAAGCAGGUUUGACCAGGGGUCUCCCACAUCCCAGGCUGAGAAAUCACAUCCACGAGUCGCUCCAGGUCAUCCAGUCUUCCAGGGGACAGGGAAGGGAAAUGGCUGUGAUGGAGCCAGCUCAGGUGCUAGUGACCUUCGAGGAGGUGGCUGUGUAUUUCACCCAGGGGCAGGGGGCUCUGCUGGACCCCGCUCAGAGAGCCCUCUACAGGGACGUCAUGCAGGAGAACUAUGAGACAGUGACCUCGCUGGGAUUCCCCAUUCCCAAACCUGACCUGAUCUCCCAGCUGGAACGAGGGGAAGAGCCAUGGGUCGUGGAUCUGCAGGCCGCUGAGGAAAGGGAGAACCAGAGACGCACCUGCACAGCAGGUGGUGAGACAGUGAGUGUGAAUGAGGAGAACAAUCAACAGCGGGCAGUUCCCGGGGAAGUGGAACCAUGGGGGACCUUUGUGGGAAGAGCUGAAGGGAAUUUUUCCCAGUGCUUGGAACAGGGAGAAACCUGGGGAAAUCGGGGCAAGUCAGAAAAACAGCUGGGAAAAGUGGCAAAAGUGAAUGAAUCCAUUGACUGUGGGGCAGGAUGCAAGGAUCCCAAGGAAACCUCAGCCCAGCAGACAAGUCACAAGGAAGAAAAACCUUAUAAAUGCCCCAAUAUUGAGAAUAGAUCUCAUAUAAGUACAAACCUUAUUUCUCAUUGGAGAAACCACACUGGCGAGAGACUCUAUAAUUGUCUUGAUUGUGGGAAAUGUUUCAAUCAGAAGUCAACGCUUGUUAGGCAUCAGGCAGUCCAUACAGGAGAGAAACUCCAUAAAUGCUUGGAGUGUGGGAAAAGCUUCAACAGAUGCUCAUACCUUGCAAUACAUCAGAGAAUCCACACUGGAUUCAGACCCUAUAAAUGCCUUGAGUGUGGGAAGUGUUUCAACUGGAAGUCAAGCCUUAUUACACAUCAGAGAACCCAUACAGGAGAGAAGCCCCAUAAAUGCUCGGACUGUGGGAAAAGUUUCAUGCACAGAUCUGACCUUAUUAGACAUCAGAAAACCCACACGAGAGAGAAACCCCAUAAGUGCUCGGACUGCGGGAAAAAGUUCACACAGAGAUCAACCCUUGUUGCACAUCAGAGAAUCCACACAGGAGAGAAACCCUUUAAAUGUUUGGACUGUGGGAAAUGCUUCAGCCAGAGUUCAUAUCUUACUUCACAUCAGCAAAUCCACACCGGGGAGAGAACCUAUAAAUGCCUCGACUGUGGGAAAUGUUUCAAUUGGCAGUCAUCAUUUAUUACACAUCAGAAGAUUCAUACAGGAGAGAAACCACAUAAAUGUUUGGACUGUGGGAAAAGCUUCAGUAGCACCUCAGACCUCGCUAAGCAUCACAGAACCCACACGGGAGAGAGACCCUACAAAUGCUUGAACUGUGGGAAAAGUUUCAAUAACAACUCAAACCUUCGUAAACAUGGGAAAAUCCACACUGGUGAGAGACCUUAUAAAUGCUUUGAUUGCGGGAAAUGUUUCAUUUGGAAGUCAAACCUUACCAGACACCAGGGAACUCACACAAGAGACAGAUCCCAUACCUGCUUGGAAUGCGGGGAAAGUUUCAUCCAGAGGUUGGACCUUAUGCAACAUCAGACAAUGCACAAGAGACAGGAAACAUAAAUGCUUGGAUUGUGGAAAAAGUUACAUUAAGAGAGCAAAUCAUAUUAUGUAUCAGAGAACCCGCACAGGAGAAUAUCCCUAAUCAUGCUUGGACCAUCUAGGGCCGCUCACCCAUGUGGCUUCUCCAAUGUUCAGUAAGAACAUAAGAACAGCCGUACUGUGUCAGACCAAAAGUCCAUCCAGCCCAGUGUCCUGUCUGCCGACAGUGGCCAGUGCCAGGUGCCCCAGAGGGAGUGAACCUAACAGGUUACGAUCAAAUGAUCUCUCUCCUGCCAUCCAUCUCCACCCUCUGACAAACAGAGGCUAGGGACACCCUUCCUUACCCAUCCUGGCUAAUAGCCAUUAAUGACUUAACCACCAUGAAUUUAUCCAGUUCUCUUUUAAACGCUGUUAUAGUCCUAGCCUUCACAACCUCCCCAGGCAAGGAGUUCCACAAGUUAACUGUGUGCUGUGUGAAAAAGACCUUCCUUUUAUUUGUUUUAAACCUGCUGCCUAUUAAUUUCAUUUGGUGGCCCCUAGUUCUUAUAUUAUGGGAAUAAGUAAAUAACUUUUCCUUACCUACUUUCUCCACAUCAGUCAUGAUUUUAUAUACCUCUAUCAUAGCCCCCCUUAGUCUCCUCUUUUCCAAGGUGAAAAGUCCUAGCCUCUUUAAUCUUUCCUCAUAUGGGACCCAUUCCAAAGCCCUAAUCAUUUUAGUUGCCCUUCUCUGAACCUUUUCUAGUGCCAGUGUAUCUUUUUUGAUAUGAGGAGACCACAUCUGUACACAGUAUUCAAGAUGUGGGCUUACCAUGGAUUUAUAUAAGGGCAAUAAUAUAUUCUCCAUCUUAUUCUCUAUCCCCUUUUUAAUGAUUCCUAACAUCCUGUUUGCUUUUUUGACCGCCUCUGCACACUGCGUGGACGUCUUCAGAAAACUAUCCACGAUGACUCCAAGAUCUUUUUCCUGAUUUGUUGUAGCUAAAUUAGCCCUCAUCAUAUUGUAUGUAUAGUUGGGGUUAUUUUUUCCAAUGUGCAUUACUUUACAUUUAUCCACAUUAAAUUUCAUUUGCCAUUUUGUUACCCAA